GUAUUGAAAUACACCCGUUGCGUGAACUGCACGCGCCCCUAACAAACCAUUGGUACCGGCGAUCUACCGACGAAGCACUUCCUACCAAACUCUUGCGUGAACCUUUACCAUUUCUUCGUCUAUUGUUUCAUUGUAUCAGUUUAUUUGAUCCCUGAUAUUCGCUUUGGAGCAACCCCAGUUGAGUUCUUUUUAUUUUUGUAAAAAAAUUUUGUGCUCCAUUAUACUAUGAUUUAAGCAGUGUAGGAAGUAACUUUGCAUCAGUAACUGAGGUAAUUCGAUGGCUGCGUGGCUGAAAGCUGCAGAAGAUUUAUUCGAAGUAGUGGAUCGAAGAGCAAAACUCGUGGCUGGUGAUACACCAGAGGAGCUGCAUGUUCCCACCCAAGGAUCGAACGGACGGGAAGCUCAAGUUAAAAGGGCUCGGCCAAGAUCGAAGUUCCUACAGUCUCAGAAGAAAAAGUCAUCUAACGAAGAUUCUUCAGCCAUAGAUAUUGUGAGAGAGGAAACUAUUGUGGAAAGGUUGCAACCUCAAGCAGAAUCUGAUAAAAAUGCUUCUGGGAUAACAAAUUUCACUGAACAAAACCUAGGUACACCUAGUGGGAAAAUUUAUAAUGAUGAGAAACACAAGGAAGGUAGAGAUGAUGCCUUAACUGAGACUUCUCCAUCUGGUGCAAUAUCUAAUGACGAGGACAAGUCAGUCGGUGAUCAUCGGGAUACUGAAAUGAGUAAUGCCGAAGUUGCUGCAUCGAAAUUGAACAGUGUUCACAGUAAAGAAGAAUUUGCAGAUACGCCAGUUGAGCAUCUAUCAAAUUCCAGUAAAGAUACUGAGGUUGUGGGUAGUGAUUCUCUAGAUAACUCCUAUCGAAAUGUAAUGUCAGAAGAUGCCUAUUCUGUUAAAAGCAUUGAACCUUCAGAAUCUCAGAUUCUGCUAGAAGAAGCAGCUAGCAAAGCUGAUAGCUUGCUAAAAGAUGUGGAUUCAGCAACUGAAUCUCAUAUGUUAAAUAAGCAGCAUGAAGAACAAAAGGCUACAGCUGAAACAAAAGUGCAGCAACAAAUCGAAGAGGCUCAAGGAUUGCUUAAAACUGCACAAUCGUCAGGACAGUCAAAAGAAGCUAGACUAGCCCGGGUUUGUGCUGAACUUUCAUCUCGUCUGCAAGAGUACAAAUCAGAGAAUGCUCAGUUAGAAGAGCUUCUUACGGCGGAGAGGGAGUUAAGCAAAUCAUAUGAGGCUAAGAUGGAACAGCUCCAGAAAGACCUAUCUGCAUCCAAAGGAGAAGCAAGCAGAGUGGAAGCAAAUAUGAGGGAUGCUUUAUUAGCCAAAAAUGCUGAAAUCGAAUCUUUAGUUAGUUCUAUUGAUGCCCUGAAGAAGCAAGCGACUUUGUCCGAAGGAAAUUUGGCAUCACUGCAGGAAGAUAUGGACUCUAUGAUGAGAAAUAGAGAAUUGACUGAAACAAGAAUGAUGCAAGCUCUAAGGGAGGAAUUAUCUUCUGCUGAGUGGCGAGCUGAGGAUGAGCAUAGUGCACAUAAUGCGACCAAGCUGGCAGCUCGAGACAGGGAGGUAGAAUUGGAACAGAGAGCUAUUGAAGCAUCUUCCGCAUUAGCCAGAGUUCAGAGAACAGCUGACGAUAGGGCUUCAAAGGUUUCAGAACUCGAGCAGAAAGUAGCACUUCUUGAGGCUGACUGUGCUUCUCUAAACCAAGAACUGCAAGAUAUGGAAGCUCGUAUUCACCAUGAACAAAAGAAGGCCCCAGAUGAUGCUAAUCAAAUUAUUCAGGUGCAAUCGAUGCAAGAGGAAGUAGAGCGUGCACGUCGUGGCCAGCAAGAGGCUGAGAGCAAACUUUCUUCAAUAGAAGCUGAAGUUCAAAAGAUGAGGGUUGAAAUGGCUUCCAUGAAGAGGGAUGCUGAGCAUUAUUCACGGCAGGAACACAUGGAGCUGGAGAAACGGUAUCGUGAGCUAACUGAUCUGUUGUAUUACAAGCAAACACAACUGGAAACUAUGGCAAGUGAAAAAGCUGCAGCUGAGUUUCAGUUAGAAAAGGAAGUGAAGCGACAUCAGGAAGCACAGUUCGAAGCUGAAAGGAAUCGAGCUUCUCGGGGAGCAUCUACCUCUUGGGAAGAUGAUUCCGAUAUGAAAUCACUUGAGUCUCUCCCUCUUCAUCAUCGCCACAUGGCUGGGGCAAGAUUGCAGUUGCAGAAAGCAGCAAAGCUUUUAGAUACUGGGGCUGUCAGGGCUACAAAGUUCUUGUGGCGGUAUCCUACUGCCCGCAUAAUCCUCCUUUUCUAUCUGGUUUUUGUGCAUCUCUUCUUGAUGUACCUCUUGCAUCACCUUCAGGAUCAAGCUGAUGCUUAUACGUCAAAAGAAGUCGCGGAGUCCAUGGGGUUAAACACGGCAUUGCCUUGAGCAACCUACCCGAAUGCCAAACUACUAACGUUUAUACACACAUAUAUAAUAUAUCAAGAAUAUUGAAUGGAUGACGACAUCGGCUCAUCAAAACAUCGGUGUCGAGAGGAUUUGGAUCCUUUCAGGCCACAGGAAAGCCUGAUUAUUACUAAGGUCAGUGUUCCAAACACACUUUCUAUGAAAAUGUAUUGUGUAUACAUAAUACUGAAUAUGCCCAACUCUACAUAGCUACAUUGUAAAAUUGUGAAGUGAUACAUGUUUAAAAGAUAUAUACUCCCUC